AGAUAAUGAACUGAAGCUGAGUAAUAGUAACUCUAGAGAUUGGAUUCGAUAUUUAUUACUUGUGCCACUAUACUGCAGUCCCUUUCAUUGGUUACACUUGGCCAUUGUUAGGUGUUGUGAUUUAGCGUGUCAAGUUUUUGGCGCCGUUGCCGGGGAAUUUCUAGAUUAUUAGGAAAGGCAGAAGUUUGUUACUUUAGCGUUUUUCUUUUCUUUUCCACACUUGCUUUUCAUUUGGGUGUUUUUUUUUGUUUUUGUUGGUGCAGAUCUGAAUCAUGGAUCCUCAUGGCUUCUCCAACUAUUGGGGGUAUCCACCACCAUCCGAGUGGUAUUACCCCGAGACUCCCUGGAUCAAUCAAGGAGGAGAAGACUAUGGAUUCGGGUUCCAAUGCCAACCCCCUUACUACGUAGAACAAUCAGACCCCUGGGCAUAUCAAGAACAACCUCAUUACCGAGAAGAAUUUCUCCCACAACUAGAAGUGCCAUCGGAGCUGGAGUUACCCAUGGCGGCCUUCACGGGCCAUUCUGCAGAGCCAUGCUACACUCCACAGCCAGAUCCAAACUAUCACUUGAGGCUUCUCGUGGAGCAGAUUGCUCAAGUACCUGAGAGAUCCUUUCCCGAGAUGGAUCCUCAUAUCCAGGCCAUGGCCCAAACUGACUUCUCCUUUCCCCGUGAAACAGAGGAUACCCUUCGGAGCAUAAAGAAGCACAUAGAGGUCAUUGAGAAAGCUUGUGCACAGUUUUCUCAAGACAACCUUUAUGCUGCCAUACAAGUAGAGGAGGAGGAAGAAGAAGGCAAUCAUGAGGAUGUUCAGGAGCAUGCAGAAGUUGUCACGGAAAGCUCCCAUGAUAAUCAUGAUCAAGUGUAUCCUUUGGUGGUAGAUCACAACUGUCCCCAUUUCCGCUCUGAUAUGCUGGGCCCGAGCGAGGAGAUGCAAGAUGAUCUCAUGAAAGAAAUUGCUUGGCAACUUGCUCUCCAAUCUGAGCUAGAAGAAGAAGAAGAAGAGCAAGAAAGGGUGCAGAAAGAAGUUGUGGAGGAUGAGGAAGAAAGCAAAGAAGAGGAAUUUCUUGAUCAUUUCCCAGGGGUGAUACCACAUGAAGAAGAAAGGGAGGUUGAAGAAGCAAUUGGCGUCCAGGCUAAGGACGGAGUUAAGGUGGAAGAGGCCUGCAUCGGCCAAGAGUUACAUGAGAUAUCUCCACCAAACUUCGAGGAACUACUUAGCAAGGACCCAUUUGCAGUGUCUCUUUGCCAGACCAAGGCCACGUCGACAUCGGUCCCUCUUGGUGGACGCGAUGGUGGUCAAUCGAUGUUGUCAUAUCUAGUUUGGGGCAAUGAGACGAGAGAAGAGAAGAAGAGGUCUCGAGGGUGGAUAUGUUAUCUGCAUCAAGUGCACGAGCUUCCAUCACCUGUCAUACCACAUGCUCGUGAAUUGAGACUCCACCUCGUUGACGAGAACCUCAACUUCAAGGAGGUUCUAGCAUGGACCGAAAUUUAAGGGAAAUCGUCUGGCUCACGACGUGAAAGAAGCGCUUGUUGGGAGGCAACCCAACCAUUCGGUUUGCAUUUCUUUCUCUUUUUCUCCUCGGUUGAGUAAGUUUUGUUAUUUGAUUUUAGAGUCAAUAAAUCAACCUUUGUGAG